CCUCACUCACUCAUGACACACGUUCGCACUCACACACAGCUUUAAAGCAGACGCUCCAGUGACCUGAAGAUAUUGUCUCCGCUGGACAGUGGAAUUGGAAGUUCGCCGUGCGCAUUUUGAGCGAGCGAAAAAUAGUGUUAUAUCUCAUAACUCAAGACGACAACAGCUCAACUCCCAUAUCGGAGUACUUCUUUCAAAACUACAAAAUAGUCCACGUCCACAAAGGCUGUUGAUUGAGGCUUCCUGACAGGAUGACAGAAGUGAUGAACACUUGUGAUUCGACGGUCGGAGACUUCGGAGUGGGCGGAGCCUCUGGAGAGGAGGGCAUAUCCUUUCAGAUCUUUCCGGACUCCCACGAGCGGUUCCCCAAACUGUCCAAGCGGCUGCCCUCCAUAGUGGUCGAGCCCACAGAGAGCGGAGAGGUAGAGAGCGGGGAACUCCGCUGGCCCCCAGAUAAUUUCAGUUCCACGGAGGUCGACCCUGAACAGGCCCAAACCCAGGAAGCAGAGGAGAAACAUCCAGUUGAGGACGAGCACCUGGACAGAACGAUGGACGGAGUUUCAAAGUGACUUCUGCGGUGCUGGCCCCAAACCAGCCACUCACUGUGAAUGUCUCCAUGACGGACUGCAGCCUGAGGAAGAGAUUUCAUGGCAAAGUGUCCGCCAGUCCAACCAACUCAUCGGUAGACCUCCACACCACACCGGGCAGAGCCCUUUACAACUGUCUUAAUUAGUUAAUGUGUUAGUUAACAUGCCAAACUCUAAAGUGGGUCUUUUGCUCCUGUAAAUGAUCUUGUUGCUUGUUUUCCUAUCGAUGGGGUUUCACGACAACGUUUUUACACACACCCCUUUCAGAGUUUGUUCUGUCGUCUUUAGUUGUGAUCGAAAAUGCGUUUUUUCUGUAAAUAUAAUUUGAAGCUGUCUGCCCUAGACCAAAGUCUAUGAUACCGUAUUGAGAUUAACACUGGAUGAGAAGAGCAUAGACAUACUGAGUUUGGGAAAAACAGAUAUACACCUUGAUGAACAUGUCUUUUACAUAACUACAACUGCUCGACUACUGUACACUUUACUAAUAAAUAGAUUCGUAGCUUUUGAACCACUAUUGGUAAACACAUUGUAUCAUUAGAUUCUCAUUAGAUGAUGUUUUACCUUCCCCAAAGCCAGUCCAUAGAGCUUCAAAAUGAUGGAUCACUUGAAAUGUCAAGACCAAUGUUCACCUGAAAAGGUCAUAUCAUAUUUAAUAUGUGUUGCACUGUUGCUCCUUAGGCUUUUGUUCAUGCUCAUUAGUGAACCGUUAACAUAUCCAGAUAUUCUAGCUGAUUCAAAUAAUCACUGAUAGGCAGAAUUUUUGAUGGGAUGUUUUUACUGCACAAACAUAUAUGCUGAAGCACUUUAGAUAUUUCCUUAAAGAUAUUUGUCUCAGUGGUCAAAGUGUGGAUCAAAUAAUUUGCAAAUAAGGUCAAAAACUUGGAUGACCUGAGAUACAUUUAAAUACCAGAGUCUCAUGAUGUGUUUCAGUUUUUCACCAAAGUCUGUAUUGUAUUGAGCCAUACAUAAUGAAAGUCAACAUUCAUUGAAAACACAUCACAAUCUUCAAAAUCUGCCUUUCUCUCUGAAACUACAUGGGCACUUCUUCAAUCGUAUUUAAGGCUAGUCAUUAUCCCACUCAUGUACUCCCAUCACAGGGACGUGUGUGGGAUAAUAAUGUUUUGCAGCAUUGGUACUCUAGCUCAGGCAGGAUUUCGCCGUUGUUAUGGUGAAGGUGGGUUAGAAACAGGCAAGUGGUGUCUCACAAGGUCUGCAGGACGCGCAAUAACCUUUUUGUUUGUUGAAAGGAUACGAAAACAGUGUGUGAUUCGGACCAACACCGAUUGACCCCAAUAUUACAAGGCACAAACUGGUUUUGGAAAUCGGUUGAUUUGUGCUGUCAUCACGUGUUGACUAUCUCAUGUAGACACGAGGAGUGAUUUUAGCUUGUGUUGACUCGAUUACUGUAAAAACUGUAGUACAGCGAUAUGUCACUCUAUUUUAGUGUGAACUGCACCUAGGAUUCAUCUCUGUUCAAAGGUAUGUGCCUUCUGCUCUUCUGCACAAAGUAGCUCCAAUACAUCUAUGGACAUCUUCUACGAGUAAUAAAACUUUCCAUAACCAACAAUGUAAUAACUUUGUUGUAAAACGUAUGUACUAUAAGUGUGCAAAUCAUGUAUGUGAUUUCGUAAGACAACAGUCAUGGUAAUAUACUGUUUGUGAUUUCUUAAAUGACGCACAACAUUGGUGUCAUGUAGAAGCCGUUUUGUGUGAAUACAGCGUUAUACAGUGGAUAUUCAAUUUUUUGUAGAUUAAACAAAUGUCUUACAGCUUCAUACUUUGUCAAGAUAUGGUAAAAACGUGGUCUGUAGGAAUUUCUUGGUACUGUGGUAAGGCUUUGGGCAUUGUCACUUUGGGUAAUUAUGUUUAUGUGCAUGUUUUGCUGUAAGAUACCUGGCUGUUUAUAAUAAACUUUCUAGACGGAA